UUUGAUUUCUCAGGUCACAGCCUGUCGGGUUUCAGCCGCACCGCUCAGGGCGACGUUUGUCCGCUCCGAAGUGGGCGUGGGGGCAACAAUAAGUGUCCCCGCCUUUAUAUUUACAGUAGCUGCUGUCCUGCCAGCCUGCAGCGCGGCGGGGCUGCGUCUCCAGGUGUGCGCUGCGGGGGGGAUAGUGGCGUGUGUUCCUGACGCCUCCCCACUCUCGCCGGGUCGCUCAGGAGGACACACACGCCCCCGCUGGCGAGGAGAAUUAAGUGUUACGUGCGUGGACCGGCUUUCUAAUCUCUGAUCUCUUGGAUUAUACUGAUGGACGGGACUUAACGUGUCCAUGUUUCCCCUUUAGCUCUAUUUUACGCACCACUUUGCGCGCUCGCGUUUGCGCCCUAAAAAUGGAUUAAUCCCCAGAUUGUUUUUUUUUUUUUGAGGGGGGGGUGCGGGGUUGGAGGCGUUUGCCAUUUUUUUUUUAUUUGCACUCUUCAGGUUUUUGUGGAUUAUUACGGGAUUCGUACGAUGCCAAAUAAGGACGAUGAGCUUUUUGUCUCUAGAGCGAGUGGAGGCGCGUUGGAUUAGGAGCCAGAAACUUCCCAAAGCUCUUGGAGAUCUACCUGUUUAUUCCUGGGACACACUUUGAGUUGUGUUUUUUUUGUUUGUUUUUUUUUCACCUUCACACACCGGGAUGGAGAACGAGCUGAGACCCAGGCUUUGCUUUCUGAUCAAAGGACAGCGCGGAUAUGGCUUCCACCUGCACGGAGACAAGAAGAAAGGCGGACAGUUCAUCCGCACAGUGGAGCCUGGCUCCCCUGCUGACCUGGCCGGGCUCCGGCCGGGGGACCGACUGGUGGAGGUGAACGGGGAGAAUGUGGAAAAAGAAAGUCAUCAUCAGGUGGUGAACCGCAUCUGCGAGACGCCCCACCGCACCAGGCUGCUGGUGGUAGACAGAGAAACGGACGACUACCUGCGCAGACAGGGCCUGGCCUGCACAGAGGACCAGGCCGUUGAAAUGGGAAACCUCUCCCCACGCCCGUCUCCCGUCCCCACGCCCUCAGCGUCACCCGUACCGAGAGAGGGCUCCCCGCUGUUUCUCAAAUCCAACUUCAGAUACUUCUUCCAUGUUCCUGCUGGGGACUCACCCACUCAGGUGUCCUCUGAAAACAAAGAAACGAGAGCCUCGACGACGUCGAGUUCAGCGCCGGACACCGAGGUGGAGCCGUCCCCUGAGCCGACGGUGGAGCUCCUCCCUCGUCUGUGCCGCCUGGUGAAGGAGGAGAACGGCUACUGCUUCAACCUGCAGAGUGACAAGAAGAAAGGCGGCCAGUUCGUCCGCUCUGUCGACCCCAACUCGCCUGCAGACAGAGCUGGCCUCCGAACUGGAGACAGGAUAGUGGAGGUAAAUGGAGUAAACACGAAGGGUCUGCGGCACUCGGAGGUGGUGGCGCUAAUCAGAUCCAGAGGGGAUGAAGUCAGCCUUCUGGUGGUCGACCAGGAAACGGAUGAGCUCUUCCGCAGACUGGGAAUUACCCCAACCACCGCCCACACUAAAGAGGUCUACGUGGAUGAAAGACGUGCAGAGAGCACCCCGCCGACCCCGUCCCCGACCACCGAGCUCCCCGCAUCAGACGCGCCCGUCAUAAGCGUCACUCUGACGGACUCCGACAUCGCAAACGGGUCUCCGAAAUCCCGAGCCAACGGCAGCUCGGCGUCUCACUCCUCCAGGAGCUCCACCACCCAGUCGGAGAUCAGCAGCUCGGACAUGAGCUUCCAGGUUCCCGAAGAUGACGACAGGCGCAUCUCGGACCCCUUCACGGAGAACGGCCUGCGCCUGAGCCCCACUGCUGCUGAGGCGAGACAGAAGGUCCUCGCCACCCGCAACAAGAAGAGAGCGCCCCCUAUGGACUGGAGCAGGAAGCAGGAGCUCUUCAGCAACUUUUGAACGGAGAAGUCUCGAUGGAUCUGCACUAUUUAUACCAAAAACAAACUCUUCCAGCUUCUACACGCGUGGACAGAAAUAUAAAUAAAAGGUAGUUACUGUUUAGUGUGAACUCAGUCCGUAAUAUCAAAUAUUAUACUCAAUGUGUACAGUUAACUCGAAAGUUAAACACAUUUCCGUGCAUGCACAGAAAAAAAACAAAAAACAUUUGACUGUUCAGUGAGACUCUUUGAGAUGCCCAGUUAAAGCUGGUAUGGGAAGAAAAAAAACUACAACUCAUCACUCAUCUGCUUAUAAGCUUUAAAACUCAAACAAGCAUAUUUCUUGUUCAACAAAGAGUAGAUGCAAAGACUGCUUUAGUGCACGAAAGUCUUGCAGGAUAAGGAGCAGAUCUUGGGAUGUCAACAGUUGUACUGCAAGGACAUCAAACAGAAGAAACUUUUCUAAAGGAAUAUUCAAACAAGUUGCAUCUGCACCACGGAAGCUUUCCUAUAGGACCUGAUCUGUGUUGAGAAUUUUUCAAGCUUGGCGUUUUCCUCCGUAAUCGGUCAGCAGCUGAUUUUAUUUUUUCUGUUGCUGUGCAUGUCUGUUGUAAAGAUAUGUGAAGGACUUUCAUAACAAAAACAGGAAGUAAGCACCCAACAUUAUGCAACGUUUGUCGUAUAAUGGUUGUAUUAAUAGCAGAAAUUGUCCGGCGCCAGUUUAGAUGAAACUUUGACAUAAAUCGUAGGUUCUCCUUACCAACAUAUUUCGACAUUUUUUCUUAAUAGAUGCUGUGUAACUUUAAAUGUGCACCCAGAGCCAAUGAUUAGUCUAGUUUAGCAAAUAAAUAACGACUGAUCACAUUUAGUUAGCAUGUUUUGGAUAGUAAUACUGUUACAUUAGUGCUUUUUGUUACACAUUUCAUUUUAUUUUCAAAACAUUUCUCCACCUUCCUUUGGCUUAAACAUUUAACAGUGUGAAUAAACGUUUAGAAUCUG